AUGACUUAUGUCGUCGUAGGUGCUGGAAUCAUUGGUCUUUACACCGUGUACGAGCUUCUCGAAAGAAAUGUUGAUCCACAUGAUAUCACCAUCAUUGCUCAACAUUUGCCAGGAGAUCAGUCCAUCAUGUACGCUUCUCCAUACGCUGGAGCAUAUUUUACUCCAAUUCUCGACAACAAAUCACUUCAGUAUGCUCGCUACACCUAUCAGAACAUUGAAAAACUCAGAACAUUUCUUGGUGGAGAUGGAUCAGGAAUUGGAAGAGCAGAGACAAUAGAACACAGUGAAGUACCACUAGAUUCUGAAUUGAUCGAUGGCUGUCGUUUUAUACCUGAUUUGGAAGUAGGGAAGUCCUGGUUGCCUGGAUGUAAAGACUACCUUAAAUUCAAUGGCAUAGUUUUCAAUUCGCCAGUAUUGACUCAAAAGAUGAUAGACAAGUUUAGUGACUUGGGUGUUACCGUGAUAAGAAAAAAACUCUCUUCUUUCGGAGACAUCGGUGUGGCCAACGCUACCAUCUUCAACUGCCUGGGUCUCGGCGCUGAAGAUUUGGUUGAUGAUACAAAAGUCUACUCUACUAGGGGACAAGUUCUAGUUGUGAGGGCACCACAUGUCAAGAGAGUGUUACUGGCAUGGACUUCUGGAGCCGCUACAUACGUUAUUCCGCGCCCUGAAUCCAAAACCCACGAGGUUAUCUUGGGAGGGUUCUACCAGCCCCAUAGAUUUGAUGCUAAUACGUAUGGAUAUGAGUCAGAGGAUAUUUUAAAACGAAUUGCCGCAUUUUUCCCGGAAGUUUUGCUGCUGAAUGCCUCUGGUGGCUCAAUCGAUGACUUAGAGGUCAUGAGAACUGUUGCUGGUGCUCGUCCAACAAGAGAAGGUGGGGUGAGAAUUGAGAAAGAGAGGACAAAGUAUGGAACGGUUUUGCAUAAUUACGGAGCAUGUGGGACGGGCUACCUUUGUGGAUUGGGGAUGGUUGACAAAUGUAUUGGACUAUUGGACGCUCUGGGUUCUAAGCUAUAG